AAAAUUAAGCACAUCUGAUCUCUCUCCUCUCCUGAUGGGGCUGGCUGUGGCUGGCUGGCUGGUUCUAUUGGCCUAGUUGUCCCCCGCCUGUCAUCCCCAAUCCCUCUCUCCUCGUACAACCACUCCGACUGACCACAAACAAUUAACAAUGUACAAUCCAACAUAAAGCCAACUCAUGAAAAGCCAUCCCCCCCUUUCUCUUCGUUUCGUUUCUUUUCUUUUCUCGCUGCCACUCUGAUCUUCUCUCUACCCCCCUCAGCUCACCGUAUCUUCCAACCAGUUCCUGCCAAAAUCCAACAAUUUCAUAUUCAUCUCUAUUUGAAUCAUUCAUUCCAAUAUAUAUAUUAUAUAUAAAUAUUUCUUCCGGCGGGUCCUUCCUUGUUCAUUAUAUCAAUUUAUAUAUAUAUAUUCAGAAACAGAUGAAUUAAUGAUGCAAUCCCACCGGCUUCCGAAGCUUGGCUUCUCUCUUCAUCAGGGGUUGAAUAUAUCGUCAGGGCUUUGCCAGUUCCAUCUGGGUUACGAUUAAUUGGGCGGAUUAUCCUCCUGAUGGAUUUCAUAUGAAAGGCUCGAGAGGUUGUCGUCGUUGAUGGGGUCGAAGUCCAACAGAAGCUGGAAAUUCAUCUUGGUAAUGCUCUCUAUAUGUUUCUCCAGAUUUGCAAAAGCCGCAACGAUGAAAUACAAUGGCCGCGAUUCUGCUUCGUUAGAUGAUUUUCUCCAGAACUAUUCCUCGGAGAAGUUUCCGACGCCUCGAACCGGCGUUCAGUACGUCGUCUCUCUCCCAGCCAAUUUCACCGGCAUGGGAGCUUCCUUCGUUCGAGUCAGAGCCAAGACUUUCUGGGAAAGAGGAUUCAAUUCCAGCUCCUUCCACAUCCCGCCGGGCAUUCUGCCAUUGCCCUUCGCCAAGAGAUUCGAUCUAGUGUUUCAAAACUUAGGCAAAUUAUCGUCGCGUUACUACAAUCUCCCAAACUUCACGUUGAUCACUCCCGUUCUGGGCCUCGUGGUUUACGAUCGGACCCAUUUGAGCCAAAGAGGAACAAGUAGUCUCGGUUUCUCCGUCAAGGGGAACCCCAUUCUGGUCCAUUUCCCUCGAAUUUCUCCGCCGGAAGAUCGAAAUUUGACUAUGCAAUGUGUCAGAUUUGGCGCGGACGAAACGGUCGAGCUCGGCAACGUGACGGCGGCCAACGGGUGCGUGGCCAGGGCCCACGGCCAUUUCGCCAUAGUGGUGCCGUCGCCGUCGCCGUCGCCGUCGCCGCCGCGCACGGCGGAGGAGAGGCUGUUGAAAUGGUGGGUGGUGGCAUUCCUAGCCGGGUUUCUUGGGCUGGUGGUGCUGCUUCUAGUUGCGGCGGCGACGUGCAAGUUUGUGAAGAGGAAGAAGAUCGGGAAGAUGGAGAGGGAGUCUGAGAUAAGCGAGGCCUUGGGGACGAUGUGGAUUGGACGGAGUAAAAUGCCGUCGGCGACCGGGAUGAGGACUCAGCCAGCACUUGAGGAUGACUACGUGCCUUAGACACUUGCCCUCCCUCCACCCUAUCUCUUUUUGUUCAAUAUGUUCAUUUUUUCACGGCCGCUUUGGCCGGUGGCCAGGUUUAGGCAGGGGUGGGGAAGUGAGCUAAUUGAUUAUAUGAAUUCUAUAUUUUGACAUAAUCAUUUUAUUUUUUAUUUUUUGUACUAGUAAAUAGACGUUUUGUAUUUAGUUCAGUUCAAUGGAGAUUGGUUCAAUAGAUAUGCUAAUUGAUCGUCACU